AUGGACGCGCGGAUGCGGCGCGCGAGGCGCGAGCACGAGAAAAUCGCGCGAACGUACGCGGAGGCGCACGAGAACGUGGGGACGAGGGAAAACGGGACGACGCGCGACGCCGACGCGCUGCGAAGGGAACGCGUCAAGACGAGUCAUCUGAUAGCCAAGGUGAACGAAACGAAAGUCGGCGCGAACGCGACGCUGGUGAGAAGGAAGGAGUAUUUAGACCGGAUGAUCGCGAACGCGGAGGAACGGGAGGCGUUGAUGGAGGACGGCGGAUCGGAGGCGCGAGGCGGAGGCGCGGCGACGACGACGACGCGCCGGGACGCGCCGCAGGAAUGGACGACGAUGGGGCAGAUGGCGGAGAGAAAGUCGCCGGCGAAGUCGCUGAGGGAGCGCGAUGCGAGAGAUUUCCAGCCGGAAAAGUAUAGAUUUGACGACGAAAAGGCGUCGCCGAGCGCGGCGGAGGCUGUCAACGGGUUGAGCAGAGCGUUGGACGACAUAGACGGAGAUUUAGGGUCGAUGUCGUCUCUGUCGCCCGAUAGAUAUCCAGGACGAAAAGAAACGGCGAGUUGGGACACGUUAGCGCGACAACCGACGUCGCACGGCAGUAGACAGUUGGACGCCGCGCUCGGGCGCGCGGGGGCUCCCGAGGCGAAGUCGACGCCGACGACGAUUUCGACGUACUUUAAGAAGAGCGCGGGUGCGACGCAGCCGACGACGACGACCGCCGCUGUGGACGAUUUCGCCGCUGCUGCGACCGACAAGAGUCGCGAGCGUCUGCCGAUGUCGCCGCCGCCGCCCAAGCGUCGAGCGAAGUCGACGCGCGGCGACCCGGCGUCUCCCAUGGUGGUGGAUCUUCUGGAGACGAGCGACGAGGAGAACCCGUUGGAGAACGAGUCAAGAGGGGUGCAAAGCUUGGAUCCAGUGAGUCUUACGAGCGAGAAUGGUGAAAUUCGCCGAUCGACGCGCUCGAGUAGGUAUCGCUCGCUGCAGAACACCGUCGGCAACUUGGCGACGGAUUACCCAGACUCGAAGACGAAGGGGUCGGUGCAAAUCACUCUCGGCGACUUGGAGCACCUCAGAGACGGCGAGAUGCUGAACGAUCAGUGCGUGGACUUUUAUUUGAAGUACAUUCAAGUGGAAAUGUUGGGCGCGAACGCGUUUGAGAUAUUAGACAAGGUGCACAUUUUUAACAGCUUUUUCUAUCAAAAGCUCGCGCAAAAGCACGAUAGAGAUCGAAGCAACGUCGACGCCGCGACGGCAUCGCACGCACGCGUGAAGAAUUGGACCAAGGGUGUGGAUAUCUUUACGAAAAGCUUUCUCAUGAUUCCCGUGCACAGCAAUUUGCAUUGGUCUUUAGUCAUCGUUUGCUAUCCAAACGGUACUGAUGAGCGCCAACCGAUGAUGCUCCAUCUCGACAGCAUGACGCAACAUGGCGGGCACAACUCAGAAGUCGUGUCGAAGACGGUCCGGCGUUACCUGAGCAAAGAAUGGAAAACGCAAAAGGGCGACGACACUGAAUCAAAAUUCGACGCUCGAUACAUGCCAACGUAUCGCGUCAAUGUUCCGAGACAAAACAAUGGUUGCGACUGCGGCGUUUUCAUUUUGGCCUUUCUCGAAAAGUUUUUAACCGAACAACCCGAGAUUUUGAAGAAGAGCGAUGUUCAACGCGCGGCGCAAAAGCGCUCGUUUGGAAUGGACGAUGCGGGCAAGUUUCUACGAAAGAACUGGUUUCCCAACGAGUUCGUGGACGAAUUGCGCGCCAAGUUGAGUCUCCUCGUCAUCCAGCGCAUUCAGGCUUCGCUCGCGGAAAACGACGCGUCAAAGCUCAUUCUCAACGCGGCAAAUGAAGAGCAAAUGAAAGACUAUGAGCAUCGGCAGUGGCGAACGAAACAAGCGGUUUCAAAGGCUGAGCGUGACCGUAAGAAGAGAAUGGAAGCCAUGGAAGCGGAGCGAAGACGCAAGCUCGAGCCGCAAGACCUCUCUGACGACGACGACGCCAAAACCAAAGCCUCCGACGCCAAGGAUGUAGACUUUGAGAUUUCUCGCGAAGUCAGGGUGAAGAAACAGCCGACGAAGACUAGGCAGACGCAGAUAUUCUCGGGAUCCCACUGGAACAAGGCGAGAGAGAAAGAACCCGUGCGCGAGGAGACUCGCGACGAGAAGCCAUUCGAACCCUUCGCGGGCCCGUCGUACAAAAUCGGGCGACACACGCGCGCGCGUGCGCCUUCUCCGAGCGCUGAUUGGACGAGCGGAACGACCCGUCCCAAGUAUGGUAACGCCAACCUUUUGAAACGAGCGGAACGAUCGCGAGCGAAGCAAAACGGGGAAGAGGAACGGAGCGCCGCCGACGACGAAUCCCCGGGCCAGGCCAAGGCGAAGCUCAACGACGCGAAUGAAAAACUUUCCGAGAGAAUCAAGGGGAUGACGUCUCGAGUGUUCUCGACGAAAUAG